CUCAGUCACCCUCCCCUCCCCAGUCUUAGUCAACUAAAUAUCAUCAACCAUUUUUAUCUCACGCCCUCCUGUUUCUUUUUCUUCUUUUUUUCUUUUUUUCCUUCUUCCAACAUCCAGCCGUAAAUCCAAAAGUCUUUUUUUAAGACUCCCACAUUCUUUUAAAUCUUCGCAGCUCCGCUCAGCUCGCGUCAGCCCAACGGCACCUUCCACUCCUUUAUCAACCUGCCUCUCCUUCUCGGCACUCGUGGUCCUCAACAACCUCCAAUUCCCUUCCAACUUUAGUCAAGAUGCGUUCUACCGUUUUCGCCUCCGCCUUGGCCUUCGCUGCCUCGGCCUUCGCCCAGACUCCCGGCUACGCCGUCAUCUCCUCUCCCGCUGAGGGCCAGCAGGUUCCCUCCGGCAAGACCUUCACCAUCAAGUGGGACGCUGGCAAGGACUCUGGUCCUGUUACCAUCACCCUUCUUGGUGGUGAGACUCCUACCACUCUCUCUAUCGGACCUGUCCUCGCAACUGUUGAUGUUAGCGAGGGCUCUUUCACCUGGAAUGUUGACUGCUCCCUCGGCAAGGACAAGACCUACGGUAUCAAGGUCGCCUCCGUCGCCAACCCUGCUACUUUCCAGUACAGCUUUCCCUUCGCCAUCGCUGGCCCCUCUUGCGGUGCUGUAGAGAGCAGCAGCAGCAGCAGCAGCAGCAGCAGCGCUGUCGUCUCUAUCGCCACUAGCACUGCUGGUGGCUACCCCGUCUCUGUCGCUACUAGCACUGCUGGUGGCUACCCUACUCAGGGAUCCUCUACCCCCAGCAGCAGCUCUGUUGCCACCAGCUCUGUUGCCACCAGUUCUGUUGUCACCAGUUCUGCUCCCUCCAGCACUGCUCCCUCUUACCCUACCCUGAGCGUCUCCAGCUCCGUCAAGAGCAGCAGCAGCGUUGCCAGCAACACCACCAGCGCUAAGAGCACCCCGAAUCCUACUUACUCCGUCGUGGUUCCCUCCGGCAACCUGUCCACCACUCACCAGACCCCCACCUAUGUUCCUACGACCAUCGUCACCAGCGCCAGCUACGCCGUCGUGACUCCUACCCAGAGCGGUAGCCCCUCCACCUCGGCUCCCGUCACCAUCCCCACCGCUGGUGCCAGCAACAUCGCCGCUGGUUCUCUGGCUCUUUUCGGUGGUCUUGCAUUCGCCCUCUUCGGCAUGUAAAAAGCUUCUUACAGCUAGAAGAUUUUUUUUUUUUUACUUGUUGAGAGAUGACGUUUUAAUAUAAAGAUUUGGUUGCGUUGUUUUUAAACCGGCGUGAGCAAGGGAAUCGGAGCUAAUGAACUAAUUGUGGCCACACAAACCGAGAUACCUUUCUGAAAUGGCACCGGCUGUAGAUGCGGACAUUAUAUCCAGGUUCUAUAUGAUGCUCAAGUAAAGCAUUGUGACCAAGCCUCUAUUCAUGUCAAUAUAGACAGGCCUGCUAUACCCGAAUAUACCCCCCCAUUAAAAACUCAUUGCUUCUUGUCUUUAUUUGCACGUGAUUUGGAGAUGAAGAAUUGCAUUGCGCACUUGCUUUUUGGCUCUAAUAAGUCGUUUCUGCGCUGAUGGAAACGAACUAUUGAUUUGAGUAUUUGGUACAAGAUGAUACCCGUAGUCUCAAUCGAGGAACGUCGUAAGGUUCAGUUCGUCAAUAAUUAAUACUACGUAAUUGAUCUGACUUGGAAGUACUGAAGUCAAGAUAAAUAGUAUCGACGUUUUCCGAGUCGAAGUUUAAAGUUAGUUACCUAGGUACAUAACAGGUAGUUCAACGGUAAAUUUUUAUUAGAUUUUUUCCCGCUAA